AUGGAAUAUUUUUCAAUCGAUAAUGGUUUACAUAAUAAGUCUAAUGAUAUAUCUCAUAUUAUAUAUUUAGAUAAUAAUGCAACAACUUGUGAAGAUAAAUUAGUUAUUGAAUCAAUGAUUAAUCAUUUAAAAUGUUCAAAUUCAUUUGGUAAUCCAAGUAGUUCACAUUUAAUUGGAAUUAAAGCUCGAGAUUUAAUUGAUGAAGCAAGAGAACAAGUUAGAAAUUCUAUUAAUGCUUCAUAUAAAAAUGAAAUUAUAUUUACAAGUGGUGGAACUGAAUCAAAUAAUUUAGCUAUUCAGGGAAUUUUGAAAUUUAAUUUAAAUAAAGUUCAACAUAUAAUAACAAGUCCAUUUGAACAUCCAUCUAUUGAAAAUAUU